AUGUCUCAACAAGGAAAUGGGAGUAGAUUCAAGAGUGGGGCCGAGACACAUCGGAAAAAGGUAGGCGCUAAGCCUCGGGACAAAAGCUUGCAUGGACCACGUUAUGUGAUUAAACCUAUAAGGGUAAGCGACACAAAUAAUGACAUUUCUUUCAACAAUCCUCUGAUAUCUUUAACCAGUCCGAAAGGGCGGAAAGGGAAAGCUCUAGAACCAUCAGUGGACACCAAGACGUUCUUCAGCAAUCGAGAUCUCGGCAACAUUCUUUCGUUCACUCAUCAUGAUCUGCUUGAUCAUAUAGUACGUUAUGUCAUUCAACAACUUGAUCUCGUUGAGGUUGGGAAAUACAUACUCGUCAAGUCCUGCGUUGAUCAUGGGGUACAGCAAGCGCGGUCCUCCAUGGAAGUCGAUCUUCCCGACAUUUUUCAGCUUGAAAUUGCAGAACAAUCCGGUGAUAAACGCGAGCGAGUAGACGAGAGGAGCGCACUCCGAGGAUCUUCGAAUCGUGCUAAUGAACCCAGUCUAGCGGCUCGCCAUCUCCUGCUCCACUUCCUUCCUAUUCUUGUAAUCCUCAUCAGUCUCCAGGUCGUACAAAAUGGAUAUGUGGUCGCAGGGAGCCGAGCGAGCGCUUCCGGCUUCACCACAUCCAAAAGUACAUUGAAGAUAUCUGACUCUGAUGUGGCGGCACCACUGUCUCUGGACCGGAAACUGAUGGGACCGGUGACAUUUGGAAAGCCUGCUGCACCCUCUGGGCGCGCUCCAUGUGCAAAAUCAUACGACCAUGCAACCAUUCCAGUGGCUCUUCCGCCAGCAUAUCUUCGUUGUAGGAUAUUAGUUCGUCGUACUUUGAAAUCAGCGGUCUGCACAGACAAUGUAAGACGGCGCCUUCUUGCAGGUCUUGGGGACCAUGUCCGAGUUGGCAAUAUGAUCGAUACUCCCAGGAGGAUUCGUGCGACUAUCGUUAAAAAGGGGCUAACUGAGGAACUUACAGAGCUGACGUUGGUGUUCUCUAGGCCACAGCUUGCUGGCUUGGAAGCUGAUGUUAUUGGGGCCAUAAUGGCGCAGAUAGGUGUCAGUCUUUACGAGUUUCCAGGCCUUAAGGUUGUGGACCAUGCCGCUCUGGGAAAUACCGUUAUGAGCACUCCUCGUGAACUCGAGGACUCCGCUGAGACUGGCGCUGAGACUGGCGAGCUGGUUCUACCAGAGCUACCCAAAGAGCCUAUUCACCGGGAUGACCAUCUUGUCAGCAACUUCAGAAGAUACAGUAAAGCUAAUCCGAGGGUAAUUUCCCUGGAGCAGAAAUCCUCAAGUGCAACUCCUGAACAUAAGUGUGAAGCCUCGCUCACGAUGGCAGAACGAAGACAUAUUCGAAUCGCUAAACGCGAAGGUAGACGCACUGAAUACAUCGUUGGUAAUACACAUUCAAAACUAUAUAGCGUCAUCGUAGCAAAAGAGCUGAAAGUUGUCAAAGCGUCAAUGAGGGCAGAUGGCCUACCCACCUCACACUUUCUAUAUAGGCGACGGGGAGAUAUUUUCCUUUCUUACUAUCAAUCUACAAGGCCCCCAAAAGUGUAUGGUUCCUUCACCUUCACCCUGAUGUUGGCGCGACACGACCCGCUGUGCAAGUGUAAUGUUGCACUUGUGGCUGGAAUAGGGCUAUCAUUCUUAUUAAAGACAACUAAAAUGCUCGUGGAGCUGGUAAAUGGCUUCUCUAAUGCUUGGCGGAGAAGAGUUCAUACACGGCAAGAAAUUGCUGAUCAAAAAUUACCCUACUGUAUACCAGACAAUCCACACAAUAAAGUGAGAGAACACCACCACCGAAUUUGGGAUUUCCCAGAAAGGGCGACCUUAGGAAGUUUCAACGCUCUCAUCAUUUUAAACGGUGGAGGUAUAGCUCAAAGCAUUAUUUCUUGCACUCAUCUUCCACCAUUUUCCACCACAACUACCAUGAUAAAACCUUAUCCUAACAUCUCUACCGACAAACAUUUUUACUUCCGCAACAUCAUAAUCAUGGCUUCUGGACUGCUCCUUAGUCUACUUUCCUUCUGCCAUCUUCUCCGCAUCGCUCCAUACUCUCAUAUCGCUGACCUCGACUACGCGCUCAUAUUCCUGAUUCAUUAUUAG